CCCCUGCCCAACCAGCCUCCCCGCCCCCAGCAGGAGCCCGCGCGGGUGGCUGCGCGCCAACUGUGAGCACGGCUGCGAGAGUCCCGGAGCUCCGUGCUCUGUGCAGGCAUGAUCGGCCAGAAGACCCUAUACUCCUUCUUCUCCCCCACUCCCACCGGGAAGCGGACCACGCGCAGCCCGGAGCUGGCACCGGGGAGCGGAGUGGCGGCCGAGGACUGCGGCGAUGCAGCGGCCAGCCCCGCCAAGAAGGCCCGGGUGGAGCAGACCGAGCAGGCCACGCCGCCUUCCUCGCCGCUCAGCGCCGAGCAGCUCGUCCGCAUCCAGAGGAACAAGGCCGCGGCGCUGCUCAGGCUCGCCGCCCGCAACGUGCCCGCCGGCCUCGGCGAGAGCUGGAAGCAGCAGCUGUGCGGCGAGUUCGGCAAGCCGUACUUCAUCAAGCUAAUGGGAUUUGUUGCUGAAGAGAGGAAACACCACAAGGUCUAUCCACCCCCGGAGCAGGUGUUCACUUGGACACAGAUGUGUGACAUCCGUGAUGUGAAGGUUGUCAUUCUGGGACAGGAUCCCUAUCACGGCCCUAACCAAGCUCACGGGCUCUGCUUCAGCGUUCAACGACCAGUCCCACCUCCGCCCAGUUUGGAAAACAUUUUCAAAGAGCUGUCCACAGACAUCGAUGGUUUUGUUCACCCUGGCCAUGGCGAUUUGUCAGGGUGGGCCAGACAAGGUGUCCUCCUCCUCAAUGCCGUCCUCACUGUCCGCGCACACCAAGCCAAUUCCCACAAGGAGAGGGGCUGGGAGCAGUUCACAGACGCCGUGGUGUCCUGGCUAAACCAGAACCUGAGCGGCCUCGUCUUCCUCCUCUGGGGCUCUUACGCUCAGAAGAAGGGCAGCGCCAUCGACAGGAAGCGUCACCACGUUCUGCAGACAGCCCAUCCCUCCCCGCUGUCGGUGUACAGGGGGUUCUUUGGAUGUAGACACUUUUCUAAAGCCAACGAACUGCUCCAGAAGUCUGGCAAGAAGCCCAUCAACUGGAAGGAGCUGUGAGCCCGCGGGGCAGUGUCGGUCUGCAGCGGGGCCUUCGGAUGCUGCCGCUGAAGCUUUUGCCAGUUACGAAGUCACUGGAAAUGUCCCUGUUCUUAGGUUCCUUGUGUGAGUGGAGAAACAAUAGAUCUCUAGAAUCCCAUCAUUGGCCAGCCAGACCACAGGAACUGCAGCUUUAGCAGGCAGACCCUGUUGACUGGCACAGGUUUGGACUCUCCAGGCCUGGCGAGGCGGCUGUCUGUCUGUCUGUCUGUCUCAGCAUGCCUACUUCUCAGGGACCCCCGGACUCUCCUCAGUCCUGUGGCUGCGCUGGGGUUGGAGCAGAGAUUGGCACCUUUUGACCAGUUUUGUUCCUGCUGCGGGUUGCUCUUUAGAGUUAGAGAUUACACAGUGUCCGGGUGUGUGCUGUGCUUCAAAGGCCCUUUUGUCUGGAAAGGAACCCUUGGGUGUUUGAGUCCUGAGAAAUCUGGCUUACAAUUGACACUCUGCUUCCUGAUCACAAAGGGCGUGGGUGUCUCAGGGCCUGGUGGCCGCUCUCCUGCCUUGUCCGGCUCUGCAGGCCUGGGGCUGAGCAAAGCAGGGGAUGGGGUUGAUUUGAUUUUAAGUGGGUGGGUGUUUUUUCUAGUACCUGUGGAGUUAACUGUCUCCUCACAGCAGACUGCCACACACGGUGUGUGAGUGUGUGUGUGGGGGGGGUACUGGGGAUCUAACUCCAAGGCGUGGUUCCUUAUGGACCGAGUUCACAAAGAUUAUGAUUCUCUGCAGUACAGGAGAAUGUUCUGUCUUAUACAAGGUAGGCAGGUACAUUUAUCUCCUUCAUGCUUUUUUGAGAGACAAUCUUUACUGAGUUUCCACCUCCAGCCUGGAUUGCGUGGGUCCAGCUGGUUAGAGCCCUGGGCCGCCUGCCUUAACAGGAUAAUAAAAGAUGGUUGAAGCUUG